AUGACUUCUUCUGAGUUCGAAGGUUUCGAUGCCAUUAUCGUCGGUGGUGGCACGGCAGGAUGUGUAGUCGCAUCGAGACUUCGCCAGCGCAAACCAUCCCUAUCGGUACUGAUCCUCGAAGCCGGUGGAGAUCUGUCCCAGAACCCCCAGGUGUUUUCUGCACACGCUGGAAUGUUACUCUUGGGCUCUGAUGCCGACUGGAAAUACAUGAGUACUCCCCAAUCUCACCUGAACAAUCGGCCUAUUUACUAUGAGUCUGGUAAGGGUCUGUCGGGCAGUGCUGCGCUUAACAGUGGUGGAUGGAUUCGCGGUGAUGCACAAGACUACGACCACUGGGCUCGUCAAGUAUCUGAUCAGCGCUGGAGUUAUGAGGGCCUUCUCCCUUAUUUCAAGCGCACUGAGCACCAUUACGACCCUAAUGGAGACCCAGAACAGCACGGAUUCGAGGGACCGAUUCAUACGUCUUCUGUCUCCUCAAGCGGACGAAAAUAUCCACUGCGAGAGACGGUUAAGAAUGCUUUUUUGGGCCUAGGUAUUCGUGCUAUUCACGACGCGAAUAAUGGUCAUCCUCAAGGGAUUGCAGAGCUAAUAAACAAUUUUCCUGAUGGCCGCCGACAGCUGACGAGCCAAGUCUAUCCACUGGAUGGGGUCAAGGUUGUGACGGAUGCCCUUGUCAAACGCGUGGUCCUCGAUGAUAGCAAAACCGCUACCGGCGUUGAAUUGAAGGAUGGCCGCAUCUAUUCUGUCCGUUCCGGUGGUGAGGUUAUUGUUUCUGCAGGAUCUUUGCGGACUCCCCAAGUCCUAUUGCUAUCUGGUAUUGGCGAUUCACAACAGCUGUCACAACACCAGAUCCCACUGCAGAUUGAUCUGCCUGAUGUUGGGCGCAAUCUACAUGAUCAUCUCAUGGUCUUUCGAUAUUGGAAGCUGCGGGAGCCCGAGAAAGGUCUGGCCCUUGGUUCCCCACUGUUCAACGGGCCAAACUACGAUAAAGGUGGACCUGGAGAAUGGAUUGUGACGACGUCCGUUCCUUCAGAGGGGCUGCAGAAUGCUUUAGCUAAAGAUGAAGCAGACCCUACUGAUAGUGACCAUCAUUUAGUUAGAGGUCCUCGGAGCCAUUUGGAGCUUACUACAAUCUAUGCCGCGUUUGGUGGGGAGCUCUCCGGCCUCAACAUUCCCGUUGAUGGAACAGCGAUCAUGAAUUUCUUUAUGGGCUGUUUACCAACAUCUCGAGGAUCGGUUACUCUACAGUCAAGUGAUCCAGCCUCCCCUCCAGUUAUCGACCCCAACUUUUACGCCACAGAAGCCGAUCGAUUCGUCAUGCGGGAGGGCUGGAGACUAUUAUCGAGGCUCAUGCUCGAAACCGCCGAAGGCAAGGCCCUUGUUAAGGAAGAGAUUGUCCCUGAUGGUCACGACUCACUCUCGAGUGAUGCGCCAGACGAAAGUAUCGACGCACGCAUUCGGUUGGCUGGGGUUACGACCUCUCACCCUGCGGGUACAGCAAGCAUGGGUACCGUGGUUGAUGGCUCCCUGAGGGUCAAAGGUGCCAACAAUCUGAGAAUAGUCGAUGCAAGCAUCAUCCCCGUGCCGCUAGCAUCCCACUAUCAAGCAGCCGUCUAUGCGAUUGCCGAGCAAGCAGCUGAUAUCAUUGUUGAGGAGAACCAGAGCCUGUAA